UGCCUCGAGCUUACAGUACAGGGGCAGGCUCUUAAUCUUGCCCAGCCAGUAUGCAGGGAGCUAUUGGGGUACAAUUGACAAUUAGAGAUUGUGAAUAUCCCCGUGACUCAGUUAUCUGGUGGCCAGCGGCUGUGCGCUACACUUCUGCUGUCUCAGGUUACUUGUGAAAAGGUGCCCGUGUCACCACACCAAGGGCUGCAGGUUCCACGACCGACAUAUCUCAUCGUGACUGCACAGAAAACUUGGAGAGGAGAAGGUGCUGUUGGAUAGCUAGAGGGGUGAAUUCCUUCCAGAAGGAAUGUUGUCAUCGAACACCAUAUAAGGGGGCAGAAGGAUAACAUUAAUAAGCUGAAAUACCUUUAGAAAGUGAACAACAUGUCACACAAAGGAUCCUACAAAGUCCAGGCGGCCAAACAGGACCCUUCCUCACCCAGAGGCAUUGAGGGUCACUUCAGUGAUGAAGAGGCAGAUGACUUGGACAGAACUCUGGAAGUGGCGAGUUAUGAGGACAUUGACUUUGAAACCGAAGAGACUAAAUUGAAUGAUGAUGAUGAUGAUUUUAAUUACCUUCGUGACUCAUUUGCCCGCAGCCCCCAAGUACCUUCCACUGAUAGUCAGGAAGAGAAGACAGAACGUGGGGAACAGCUAGCCGAUGAUGAGGCAAGUCCAGUGCCUCAUAGGAAGUUCAUACCCAGGCAACCAGUGAAGGAAGCCGAUGUCCUUGACAAAGGCAAAACGCUUCUUCAAAAGGAUCCUAAAGGGGAUCAUCCACUUCAGUCUGCGAUACAUCACAAAGACUUUGGAGAAGAUGUUUUUAACAAGGUAUUUGUUGAAAUGAAUGAACUAAUGAAGGAUGGAGAGAAAUACUACUGGAAGGAAAGAGGACGAUGGAUAAUGUAUGAGGAGAAUCUGGAGGAUGACACAAACCGCUGGGGUAAAGCACAUAUCCCUUGUCUCAGCUUCAGGAGUCUCCUGGAAGUACAAAGGGCCAUCACCAAAGGUGCUGUCUUGUUUGAUCUGAAGGAAAUCACAAUGUCUGGGAUUAGUGUUCGUAUAGUAGAAGAGAUGAUAGCCAAAGAUCAGAUCAAGGCACAAAUGAGAAUCACUGUGUUGAAUACCUUGCUCUCAAAACACAGGCACCGAUUUGAUGAAGAUGUUCAACAGAGAAAGGAUACUGAAGACAUCGAAACACAGGGCAAAGAGGCAAAGGAACAUCGGAAGAGGCAUCACUCAGAAAUAAUGGACAAAAUCCCAGAAAACACAGAAGCCACUUUAGUUCUUGUUGGUUGCGUGGAGUCACUGAAUUGUCCAGCAAUGGCCUUUGUGCGGCUGGAAAAAGCUGUCUGCUUGGAGUCAGUCCUAGAGGUUUCCAUCCCUACCCGAUUUAUUGUAGUAUUCCUGGGACCCAGCACUUCUAAACUGGACUACCAUGAAAUUGGGCGCUCAAUUUCAACUUUAAUGUCGGACAAGAUUUUCCACCGAGUGGCAUAUGAAGCAAAGGAUCUCAAUGAUCUGCUGAAUGGUAUCCGUGAGGUUCUAGACCACAGCAUUGUCAUUUCCCCAACAGAAGUUCAGGAUGAGGAACAACUAAGAUCUGUGGUGCCUUUCCAGCAUGAAAUGCUGUUGAAGAGGAAGAAAUUACAGGAUGACAAGCUGACAAAAACAGCUGAGCAAUUACAGAUAGUUCAAAGCAGACCAGCACCUACUGAUGAUGAUGAUCCUCUCAAAAGAACUGGGAGACCAUUUGGAGGUGUGAUCCGAGAUAUCAAGCGUCGCUAUCCCAAAUAUCUGAGUGACAUUAAGGAUGCCCUGAAUACUCAAUGUUUGGCUGCAAUUAUCUUCAUUUAUUUUGCUGCCUUGACUCCUGCCAUCACCUUUGGAGGUCUCCUUGAGGAGAAGACGAGGGGUAACAUGGGUGUUUCGGAACUGAUUGUCUCCACAGCAAUUCAAGGAUUUAUCUUCUGCCUAAUUGGUGCUCAGCCCCUGCUUAUUUUGGGUUUCUCAGGUCCACUGUUAGUGUUUGAAGAAGCCUAUUUUAAUUUCUGUGAAUAUAUUGGCGUAAAUUACUUGGCCGGUCGGAUUUGGGUCGGAUUAUGGAUGAUUAUUAUCGUCAUUCUUCUUGUUGCCUUUGAAGGCAGCUUCCUGGUUCGAUUCAUUUCUCGAUUUACACAGGAAAUAUUCUCCAUCUUAAUCUCCCUCAUUUUCAUCUAUGAAACCUUCAACAAACUAUUUAAGAUUUUUAAAGCCCAUCCUUUGACUGUGCAUUACAACACAAAUGUGACUGAAGCAAUGAUAAAGUCCGAAAAGUAUCCUCAACCCAAUACAGCUCUUCUGUCCCUUGUGCUUAUGUUCGGAACCUUCUUUAUUGCCAUUUUCCUGAGACAGUUGAAAACCAGUCAAUUUCUUCCAGGAACCAUCCGGCGUGUAAUUGGUGAUUUUGGAGUUCCCAUUGCCAUCUUUACCAUGGUGCUAGUAGAUUUCUUCAUUAAGGACACCUACACCCAGAAACUCUAUGUUCCAGAUGGUCUUCAGGUGACAAACUACAAUAACAGAACUUGGUUUAUCCACCCUCUUACUGAUAUGCCUUAUUGGAUGAUACCUGCCUCAGUUAUUCCAGCCAUUCUAAUUUUUAUUCUUAUCUUCAUGGAAUCUCAGAUCACAACUCUCAUUGUUAGUAAGCCAGAUCGGAAAAUGGUGAAAGGUUCUGGAUUCCAUUUGGAUUUGUUGCUGAUUGCGAUAAUGGGUGGGAUCAGUUCCAUCUUUGGAGUGCCUUGGCUCAGUGCUACAACUGUGAGGACCAUCACUCACUGCAAUGCCCUUACCGUGAUGAGCAAAUCUGUUCCACCGGGCCACAAGCCCCAGAUUCAAGAAGUUAAGGAGCAGAGAAUAACUGCAUUUGCUGUUGCCAUUCUAAUCGGCCUGUCUAUUUUGAUUGGAAACAUUUUGCGGAAUAUCCCACUUGCUGUCCUGUUUGGAAUCUUCUUGUACAUGGGAGUGACAUCUUUGAAUGGAAUCCAGUUGUUUGAUCGUUUACUACUACUGUUGAUCCCACCUAAGUAUCACCCAGACCUUGCCUACAUACGUAAAGUCCGUACCCGUCGUAUGCACAUCUUUACUUUGAUUCAGUUAAUCUGCAUUGCGAUUCUGUGGGCAGUCAAUAAAUCUGCUUUUUCAUUGGCUUUCCCCUUCGUUCUUAUUCUUACCGUCCCCCUCAGAAUGUUUGUGCUUACCAAGAUCUUCUCACCAUUAGAGAUGAAAUGUUUGGAUGGAGAUGAAGUGGAACCUACGUUUGAAGAGAAGACAGGCAAGGAUGUCUAUGAUGAAAUACCAAUGCCAUCCUAAAGGACUCCAAACUGAUUCCGGACAUAACUGUUAGCAAAUUGCAGCUUAAGAAAGAACAGAAGCAUUCAGUGUUAUCCUACUUAUUUUUCUUUGUGAAUUAAUGAAAGUCUGCUCAAUAGCCAAGAGGGAGGAGUGAAUUUCAAAGUUGUACAAUUGUCAAAACAUAAUAUCAUCCCAGUUGUUGGGGCUACAUGAAGCAACAUUGUUGUCAUGGUAACUUCAUAUAGAAAUAUGACUGACAUCCCUAUGUUUAAAAAGACAAAAGUACAACUUUGUACUCUUUACCCAAAGAUCCCAAAGUUUUACAAGAAUACCAGUGAAAUAUGAAACAUGCACUGCUUGUUUCAUUUGUCACAUUAAAAAUGUCAUUGCCCAUUCUGAUCCCAAUUCUGUAAUAAUACUGCUGCAGCUGCAAAUAACAAUACGAAAAGCUGUCGCUGUCACAUUACAAACCCCUUCAUCUCAAAUUUAUUAAAUUACAUUCCAAUGCACAAAUGUAAUUACUGCAAAGCUGCAAAGUAUUAAUUAUUUUUUUUACAUGAGUUAAUAUGGGGUUUCCUAGGCCCCAAUACUUGUAGGGUGUGGAUGUGAUGGUGUGGUGUGUAUUUCUGGUGGGGCAGGGUUGCGGGAGCAAACUAGAAAGUCAGGAGAUGGUAGUUCUGUUGAAUUAAAUAACAAGGAUUUUUAAAAAUAUUUUGUUCUGUUUCCUACCUGUCAAGCAGCCAGAUUGACAGCAGGAAGGCUAUCUGCAGAAGGCCGUAACAGGGGACCAUUGGUCUCUGUGUUCAGCAAACAGAAGUAUACAGUUUGAGUCAGUGUGCUGGGUGAUAGGGUUGGGGAGGGAUUAGGUUAGUAUUGGGCUUCCCAUUGUGAGGGAGUUUGGAUGGGGGUAGGUGUUGGGAUCAGAAAACAUCAAAGGUUGGUGGUGGAGGGAGGGGGAGGGGGAGUCAAACCAGGUAUCAGCAGAGGGGAGGCAGAAACGGGAAUUAUUGUAGGUUGGUGUGCGGAGAAGAGAGACCGAGUUGGAUUAACAAUUGGAAGAGAAAAGUAAACCAGCAAGUACUGCACAUUAGUGGGGAGUUGGGAUUGCCAAUUUGGAGUAAGAUCAGUAAACAAUGCAAGUUUUUGGAUAUUGGGGUUGGGGGAUGAUCACAGCAUAAGAUUGAUGAGGGGAGUGGGACAAAGCACUCCUAUUCCUCCUGGUCAACAAGUAGUUCUAUAAAGAGAACUUAACUGUGGAAUCAUAUGCUUUAUCCUUACAAACCUGGUGAACCAGUACCAAAUGUAAAUGCCUUCCAAGGGAACAGAACUUUAUUUACCCAUUGUAAUUAGGGACUUGCCUCUUCAGGGUGGGUUCCUGGAUGCUCCCAAAUUUCCAUUGAAAUUGAAAGCAGUAUAUUCUCAAAAGGUGAAGGUCUGGUUUCCCAAGCUAGCCAAUCCUCUUCUGCCUGUUUUGGAAUGGGUCGAAUUCCAGCCCCCCCCCCCCACCCCACCUUUAUCAACAUGUAUGAUUCUGAGUAGUUAGCAAUCAUUUCAUUAUUAAACGCUUUUGAAGGCUCUAUCCUUCAGAUUUAAAAGGCUUCUUUCAAAUAAAUACACUGAUUAAUGUUUUAUAUAAGUGGCUGGACUCAAAAGAAAUGCAGUUCCUUUUUCUUUCAAGUAUUUUAACCGUGAAAUACUAUCUUUUAAUAGCAAUAAUUACUAGUGAAGAUGCAGCAAUCUUUUGUGUGUGUUUUAUUUUGCACAUACUAACAGCGCUCAAUUUUGCCAUUGAUUCCAUUCAUCUAAAUUGCUUUGAUGAUCUAUCCCACAUUUUUAAUUAUCCAUGCUUUGAUACAUCAAUAUUUUGAUUGAACUAUCAUAAUUUCUUCGAUUUAUUGGAUUAUAGAUAAGGCAGGAAUGUUUCUUCUAUGUCAAGAUUUCAUUCUGGAUUUAAUACUUUUAGACUGUUCGUAUCAGUGAAGGAAAAAUGAUAUAAAAACAAAAUAUGCCUUUUUACAAAGGUUAAUUUAGAAUUGUUCGAUAUUUGGACAAGCUCUGUUGAAAUUGUACAGUUAAUAAUUUUUCCUUGCAUGCUUGAACAUUGUGAAGAUUUGCUGAAACAUGAUGGGAUGGGGUGAAGACAUCACCUUGAUAAUAAAUAAUAUUCCUAUGAUUGCUUAUUGAUGUGAUUACUUUUUCAGUCUGAGUUGUCCUUUCCUGAAUAAAAAUGUGUUCAAACAA